AUGACCCUCUCCGAUGCAAAGUACAGGUUCCUGCUCGUCGACGUCGGUGCAGAAGGAGGUGCUGGGGAUGGAGGAACUUGGCAGAAGUGCAACCUAGCCAGGGCCAUCACAAACAACCGAGCAGGACUCCCACAAGACAGAAAUCUGCCCAACGACGACGAACCCAUCCCCUUCCAUAUAGUCGCCGAUGAUGCCUUCGCUCUCAAUCCGUGGAUGAUGGAGCCCUACUCCCACCAAUCACAAGAUCCCACCAAACGAAUAUACAGCUACAGAUUAUCUCGCGCUUGUCGUGUGGUGGAAAAUGUAUUUGGCCUGCUGCAGAUGAGAAGGCGAGUCUUCGGGACGACGAUGCAACAGGAUAUACAGGUGUGCAAGAACCUGGCACUGCAACGCUACCCACUUGCUGGCACCGACAUCGACUAUGAGGACCAACACCAUAAUGGCGUACCAGGUACUUGGAGGGAGGAGUCGCUGAACCUCAUGGAAUGA